GUUCGUUUAAAAAUAAUCCAUCCUGAUUUUUCUGAAAAUCAAUAUUAUUAUAAUAAAUGCCUCUAAUGGACAUGGAAAUAUAUAAUUUUCUAUGAUUAUACCAUACACCCGCACCAACCAACAAUCAAGGUCAUGAGUUAUAACUUGCAUUUGACAAUGCAGUUUUAUCUAAUUUGAAACAUUUAACUCUUGAUUCUUACUUUCAUUAUUUUGUAAUAGAAAUUAGUUGGAUCGACAUAAAAAUUUUAGAUUUAGAUAUUUUUUGAAAUAAAAAAAAAUGAGUACUAUUUUAAAAAAAAUUGAUAAAAAUUCUAGAAAAAACAUUUUUAGUCAGUACGGGAAAACAGAGAAUGAAGUAGUUGAAGAUAUUGAAAUGUUAAUAAAUUGGUUUAAUGUUCAACCACACUUACCAGAAAUACCAACAAAAAGUAUGAUUGAAUUCUUUUUGGUAAACAACAAAUUUAGUAUCGAAAUAACUAAACAAAAGUUGGAAAUGUACUACACAAUACGGUCUUUAAUGCCAGAAUUUUAUGAAGGUAUUAAUCCAAAACUGCUCAAGAUGAGAUUAAACUUUGAUACAAGUUACAUAUUUCCUUUACCAGAACUUAUAAACGAUUUAGACAGAGCUUUUUUAAUAAAAUUCAAAAAAGUUCCUGCCAACGAAGUUAAUAUUGAAGGAUUUCUGGGAAAAAUCGUCAACGUUCAAGAAAUACGUAUCCAAGAAGAUCUGGCAUCCAGACAAUACGUCAUCAUCGAUUGCGAACAUUUGCAAUUACAUCAGGCUUUGAAAUUUACUCCAAUGCACGGAAAAAUAGGAGCUACCAUUUUAGAGAAAGUCUACAGCAAUCGAAUAAAAGAAAUUCACGUCAUUAAUUUUCAUCCCAUUGCUAAUAUUCUACUAAAAUUAGCAAAGUUGGUUGUGAAACCCAAAUUAUUAGAAAAAGUAGUUAUGCAUGAAUCUAUGGAAACUUUUAGAAAAAGCAUUCCAUUGGACGUAUUACCGAAAGAUUAUGGAGGAAAUGAAAUUUCUUUAGAUGAAAUACAAGAUUUGUGGCGGAAAAAAAUGGAUGAAUACGCAGACCGAUUUGAUAUAUUAGACAAGUUAAGGGUAAACGAAGAUAAACGACCUGAUCCAGUGAAAGAUAUCGAUGGAUCUGGUAUGCAGGGAACAUUUAAAAAGUUAAAUAUAGAUUAAUAAAUAAAUAUUUUGGAUAUUUUAACAAAUUUAAGAUUUGGUGAGCUCGUUGUUUAAAGUUUUCAAUUUAUAUUUAUUUAUAUACUGAAUGUUAGUUACUG